CCCGUCGUCUUCCAACACGUCUCUCCCUCUCUCGACCUCACAAUGACGAAAACGCCCCUAACCGUCUUCGCCUUCCUCCUCCUCCUCCUCGCCGCAAUUCCUCCUUCUACCGCAGAGAUCAAAUCACUAGCCAUCUCCGACGACGCACGUCCGAUGAUCCUCUUCGAAAAAUUCGGAUUCACACACACCGGCCACGUCACUAUCUCCGUCUCCUCCGUCUCCGUGGCCUCCUCCUCCUCCUCCUCAGAUCCGAACCCAGACCCCUCUCGCCUCGGCUUCUUCCUCCUCUCGGAAGAAUCCCUCCUCCAGGUCCUCCUCGAGAUCAACCAGAACUCCAGAUUCUGCGUCCUCGAUUCCCACUACGUCACGCAUCUAUUCACCUUCAGAGAUCUCUCCCCUCCUCCGAACUCACGAUUCAACCAGUCCUACCCGGUGACUUCCCCCAACGAGUACUCCCUCUUCUUCGCUAACUGCCUCCCCGAGACGAAAGUCUCCAUGGCGGUUAGAACCGAGAUGUACAACAGAGACCCCAACGGAUCUAAAGACUACUUACCCGCCGGAUCCACACAGCUCCCCUCUCUCUACUCCUUCUUCUUCCUCUCCUACCUCGCAUUCUUAACCUACUGGAGCUACACUUGCUGGACGAACAAACGCGUUGUCCACCGGAUCCAUCUCCUCAUGGCGGGGCUGCUUCUAAUCAAAUCGCUUAACCUAAUCUGCGCAGCGGAAGACAAACACUACGUGAAGGUCACCGGGACGCCGCACGGCUGGGACAUACUCUUCUACAUCUUCCAGUUCAUUCGUGUCGUGUUGCUUUUCACCGUGAUCAUCUUGAUCGGAACCGGCUGGUCGUUCUUGAAACCUUUCUUGCAGGAGAAGGAGAAGAACGUGUUUAUCAUAGUGAUCCCACUGCAAGUACUAGCCAACAUCGCGUCGAUCGUGAUCGGCGAAACGGGGCCGUUUAUUAAAGACUGGGUGACGUGGAACCAAGUGUUCUUGCUUGUUGAUAUCAUCUGUUGCUGCGCGAUUAUCUUCCCUAUCGUUUGGUCGAUUCGGGCCUUGAGAGAGACGUCUAAAACCGAUGGGAAAGCUGCGAGGAACUUGUCCAAGCUGACGCUGUUUAGGCAGUUCUACAUUGUUGUCAUUGGGUAUUUGUACUUCACGAGGAUCGUUGUGUUUGCGCUUAAGACGAUCGCGGCGUAUAAGUACCGGUGGGUGAGUUUUGCGGCGGAGGAGAUUGUGAGUUUGGUGUUCUAUGUGAUUAUGUUUUAUAUGUUUAGGCCUGAGGAGAAGAAUGAGUACUUUGCUGUUGAUGAUGAUGAAGAAGAAGCUGCUGCUGUUGCUCUUAGAGACGAUGAGUUUGAGCUUUGAGUGUCUAAAUGUUGCAACUAUUUUUUGUUCCACUGUUACAAACUUUUUCACCACUUUUUUAUAGCAUUUUUCAUCAGUACGGAUUUUGGGGUUAUGUAGUCUAUUCUUCACAGUUUAUCAUUUAGCUUUAUGCUCAUUCUAUACAAAUAUUUAUCGAACCACAAUAUUACACCA